AUGCCUGCCGCAGAGCCUGUGCCCUUCCCCACGGGCGCACACGAGGACAACCUCCUGGCUGCAUAUGGAACGCCGGUACCGGGGCCCACGGCGCCAAACCUGGCCAGCACUCCGCCGGGUGCAUUGGCGGUGGAGCCAGCCCCGGUCCCUGAGCUGCGCCGCUCUAACCACACUAGAAAAGCACCGGCACAACUCAAGGACUUUAUCUGCCGGCCAAUCAAGCGGCAACGAAUGGAGGGGGCCGUCCAAAGGGGGAGGUCGGCCAGGAGGCAACAGCAGGAGGCGGAAGCGGGAGGAGUGAUGGAUAGCGGGUUCCGCCAAUCGCGAGGCGGCGUGUCCCCGCGCUUCGCCUGGGGGGGGGUUGCCGGCCAAGGGGCGUGGCUGGGCGGGACGGUGACGUCGGCUCCUUUCUUGGCCAAUCAGCGGCGAGUUGAUGCCUAUGAACUCCAAGAAGGCCCUCCCCCGCCCGUCCCCAUGCUGUACGACUGGGAGGAAGAGGAAGAGGAGGCGGUGAGCAAGCCCAUGACCUACGAUGAGAAGUGCCGUCUCACCCGGGACAUCAACAAGCUUCCUGGAGAGAAGCUGGGCCGGGUGGUGCACAUCAUCCGGUCGUGGGAGCCCUCCCUGUGUGGCUCCGACCCCGAUGAGAUCGAGAUUGACUUUGAGACGCUCAGGCCCUCCACCCUGCGGGAGCUGGAGCACUACGUCCUCUCCUGCCUGGAGGGCUUCGUGCUGCAGGUGGCGCUGGACUGCCCCCUCUCGGCCCAGGGCCGCCUGCUGGGCGCCAAUUGGACGCUCGCCUUCAACAAGAUGCCCUUCGUCUGCUACAGCCAUGACUACCAGGAGUUCAUCCCCUGUGGCCUGGGCGACUUCCCCGGCUGGAGCCAGGUCGCCGGCAACCUUGCUGACUACUUCAGCCAGCAGUUCCCCACCUGGGGCCGGGCCUCGCGGGACCUCUGCCAGGAGCAGGCGCAGCGCCCCGUCUGGGCCGCCAUCCGAGGCCGGCACACACCCCCCAACGUCCGCAUCUUCCCCAUCACCCCUCAGAACACUCCAGCGCCCGUCAUGCUGACCUGUGAGGUGUGGGGCUUCUACCCGGCAGACGUGGCCGUCACUUGGCUGCGGAACGGGAUGUUUGUGAAGAACAGCGGGGGGGGAGACUGGCCUGACCCCGGAGCUCAAGGUGAAGGUGGGGGCCUCCGGCGCAGUGCUGGGGGUGGGCCUCAUCUUCCUCAUCGCUGGCCUCGUCUGCUGGAAAAAGCGGGUGCCGGAAGGUUAUGUUCCCAUCGAUGGCGACAACUACCCCCCAGUCGUCUCCUAGAUCCGCAGAGGUCAUCCGAUCCCAAACGCCUGCCUGACCUCGACAGGAGGCCCUGCUCCCGGACUUCCAGCCGCCCCUCAGCCACCAACGCAGGAUUGCGGCACAGGGGCAGGGGGCUCGCGGACUGGGGCAGAAAUAUGCCAGCUGCCCCCCCCCCCCACUGGCCAGGCCAGCCUUGCCUCCAGAGGUGAACACGGCCCUCCCACCUGUGGGUCCUCGAACGCUCCCCUGUCUCUGAUUUUUUUUGGGGGGGCAUCAAAAACCCACUUCCUUCUAUUCCAGAUAUGCCUGCCAAGUGUUGAACAGCUGUUCUUCUUUUCUCUAAAAAAAAAACAAACCCCAAAGAAAACUGUUGCACCUUUCUUGAAAUGACAAUAAAACAUU